UAGUAAUACUGAUAAUCACAAGAAAAUAACACCCUUCUCCGUCCACACAUUUAGCUUUACGCCUGCAGAGUACCAUAGGACAACAGCCUUCCAGUAAGUUAGAUGUCGUGACUGGUUACUUUGAUUUACGAACGGUUCACUUCUGCUAAUUGUAUACCUUAGUGUUUCUGCCAAUGGUUCCCUGUUUUUGCCAUUUUUACCCUAUUGGCAUAGUUGUUAACGGUGCUUAAUUGAGUUUUCAUUCAGCAAACUGCAUGGAGAACAUAAGAGAAUCGCAUAUGCAGCUAAAGAAGGGUCACAGAUUAAUACUCUUCCCAUUGCCUUUGCAAGGUCACAUAAAUCCUAUGAUUCAACUUGCCAAUAUCCUCUACUCUAAAGGCUUUUCCAUCACCAUCAUCCACACUAAUUUCAACCCUCUCAACCCAUCAAACUACCCAUACUUCACUUUUCAUUCAAUCCCAGAUGGCUUAUUGGAAUGUGAAGCCUCAACAGAAGAUUUGACACUACUUAUUUCAAACCUCAAUGUGAAAUGUGUUGAGCCUUUCAGGAAUUGCUUGGCUAAGUUGUUAUUAGAUGCUUUGGAUGAGCCUAUUUCUUGCUUAAUCUCAGAUGUUGUCUGGUGGUUCACUGAAGAGGUAGCUAAAGGCCUUAAGCUCCCAACAAUUGUUCUCAGGACCAACAGUAUCUGCUCUUUUCUUGCAUUUGCUGCCUUGCAACUCCUGCUGGACAAGGGCUACCUCCCAAUUCAAGCUUGUCGAUUGGAGGAGCCAGUUCACGAGCUCCAUCCAUUAAAAGUGAAAGAUAUUCCAGUGAUCAAAACAAGCAAACCAGAGGUUCUUCAAGAAACAAUAAACAAGAUGGCUAAGCAAGCAAAAGCCUGUUCAGGGAUUAUAUGGAAUUCAUUUGAAGAACUUGAGCGAGAUGCACUGACCACAUUAGCCAAAGACUUUGUUGUUCCCAUGUUUCUCAUAGGUCCAUUUCAUAAGCACUUUCCAGCUUCUUCUAGUAGUUUAGUAACACAAGACCGAAACUGCAUUUCCUGGCUAGACACCCAGGCUCCUAAUUCAGUACUCUACGUGAGUUUUGGGAGUAUUGCAGCUAUAAAUGAGGCUGAAUUUCAAGAGAUAGCUUGGGGGCUAGCCAACAGCAAGCAACCCUUCUUGUGGGUGGUUCGACCUGGAUUAGUCAAUAGCUCUGAAUGGCUUGAACCAUUGCCUGAUGGGUUCUUGGAGAUGACUGGAGGAAGAGGACUUAUUGUGAAAUGGGCUCCCCAGCAGGAAGUGCUUGCACACCCUGCCAUUGGAGGGUUUUGGACACACAAUGGCUGGAAUUCAACAUUGGAAGGUCUCUGUGAAGGGGUCCCCAUGAUAUGUCUGCCUAAUUUUGGUGACCAAUUGAUAAAUGCAAGAUAUGUGAGCAAUGUUUGGAGAGUUGGAAUACAUCUAGAGAACAAUUUGGAUAGAGGAAAUAUAGAAAGUGCAAUUAAAAGGCUAAUGGUGGAGGCAGAGGGGCAGGAAUUGAGAAUAAGAACUCUAAAUUUGAAGGGUAGAGUGGAUCUUUGUCUAAGGGGAAAGGGAUCUUCUUGCCAAAAUCUUGAGCAUUUGAUCAACUACAUUUUAUCAUUCUAGUAUGCAAGGUUGCAACUUGUGUUCAAUGAUUUUGAGAAAUAAAUAUUUGUUUAUGCCAUUAA